AUGCCAUUUGGACAGAUCGUGGUUGGCCCGCCGGGAUCCGGCAAGACGACGUAUUGCAACGGGCUGCGGCAAUUCCUCAAUGAGCUUGGACGCAAGACAAUCGUCGUCAAUCUCGACCCAGCCAACGACAACGCACGCGACUGUGCGAUCAAUAUCGAAGACCUGAUCACGCUCGAUGAUGCCAUGGAGGCAUUCGGGCUGGGGCCCAACGGCGGCAUGGUGUACUGCAUCGAGUACCUGGCCAAGAACAUCGAGUGGCUGGACAAGCAGCUGAAGGAGUUCGACGACUGCUACUUUAUCUUUGACUGCCCGGGGCAGGUCGAGCUGUACACGCACAACGACGCAAUCAAGGGCAUGAUCCGGCACCUGGAGAAGCAGGACUUCCGGCUCGCUUGCGUGCACCUGGUAGAUGCGGCGUACUGCACAGAGGCAGCAAAGUUCAUCUCGGUGCUUAUGCUGUCGCUGACCACAAUGACCAUGCUCGAACUGCCGCACGUCAACGUGCUGUCCAAGAUCGACCUGCUGGAGCAGCUGGGCGAGCUCGACUUCAACCUCGAGUACUACACGAGCGUGAUGGACCUGGACUACCUGCUGUACCACCUGAAUGAGCGCGAGACCAGCGGGCGGUUCAAGAGCCUGAACAAGGCGGUGUGCGAGCUCAUCGAGGACUUCAACCUGGUUGGCUUCAACACGCUGUGCAUCAGCGACAAGCACUCGGUGGCCGCGCUGCUCAAGGAGAUCGACAAGGCGAAUGGGUAUAUUUUCGGCGCACUGACGGAGGGCAACGAGAACAUCAUGAUGGCUGCCGAUUCUACCGAUCUGCUGACCGAGGCCAGGGACGCGCAGAUGCGAUACGGGAUCCUGGCCAGCACGUCGGGCGCGCGCAAGAUACCUGUGGAGCUGGAGCCCAAGGUUGGCAGUCUGUCCAUUGUCGAGCAUCAGUAA